UGUAUAUUUCAGAAUGUCGCUGGGUACCAUCGUCUACAACACCGUUUCUCGCCGUUUCUCCACCAUCCUUUUGGCUUCCGCCUUCGGAGCCUACACCUUCAACUACACUUUGGAAGGGCUCACCAACUUCUAUUGGGAUACUAAAAACUCCAACAAGCAAUGGAAGGACAUCAAGCAACAAUUGGCUCAGGAAUAGACUUCAGCAGACGAAUGAGCAGGCUCCGUUUCGAUGGCGUUUCUAGCAAUUUUAUAGUCUCCUUUAUUUUCUUGUCGAGAUAAAAUUAUCGGUUUUUGAACCGUUUCUUUAAAUUUUUGUUGCGAACUUCUGGAUAUGCCAGAUCCAAUGAAUGAUUGUAAUAUU